AUGGCCGCAAAAGGUCGAGCUGGCGGAGUUCUCCCUAUCAAUGCGGCAGCAACCAAGAAAGAGAAGUCAGGCCAGGGCCAAGCAAAGUCAUCACCGCGCAGUCAAGCGCCGAGACUGAGACUCAUCAUUCGUCGACUUCCUCCCGGCCUGACCGAGGCCGAGUUCUGGACCGGUCUUGGAGAAGAAUGGCAAGUUGGCAAGGGCAAGAUCGACUGGGCAGCCUUCAAGGAUGGCAAAAUAUCCAAAGAUCCUGCAAAACCAUCUCGGCCAGCCCGUAGCUAUCUCAAAGUCAAGGACCAGUCAUUGCUGGAUGAGCUUGCCGCCAAGAUCAAGCAGACCCCUUUCCAGGACGCGAAGAACACCACGCGAGACGCAUGCCUCGUCGGUCCACCAUCAUUGGAAUUUGCCCCAUACAAUAAGCUCCCCAGUGGACGUGUUCGCAACGAUGGUCGACAGGGAACUAUCGACCAGGACCAGGAAUUCAUAGACUUCUUACAAAGUUUGACGGAACCCAUCACGAAGACUCCUGCCAACGGAACAGAUGUCGACGGUCCUCACGACAAAGUCACCACCACGCCCCUUGUGCAGUAUCUGAAGGAGAAAAAGGCCAACAAAGCCAAGGAAGCUGCCGAGAAGAAGAGUUCCAAAGCACGCCAACAAGACAGCAAGGAAGGUAAGCAAGGAAAGGCAGAGAAAUCUGCGGUCGUUGUCAAGGGUACUCCGAACACCGAGAAAGCCCGGGUGGCAAAGGCCACGCAGGACGCUGUGAAGGCUAUCAACAAGUCCGUCGCUUCCAUGCAACCCAAACCAGCAGCCACAUCUUCAAAGGGCGAGGAGAAAGCCGCGACGAAGUCCACACCUGCCGCUCCCCAAGCUCCCACAAAGCGAGAGCGAGGCAAUGCCGCUGCUGCGGCAGCGCGGUUAGUUCAACGUGACCUAGGGCUGACUCCCAAGUCUCCCCGAGGGGCUCGCGCUGCAUCUGCAGCAUCCACACCAGCUACAGCUACUCCUAAGACUGAAAAGACAUCUUCUGAGAAAGCCGUGGUCUCUACGACUGAUUCAAGAGCUACACCGGCUCCGACACCUGGCACAACUCCGCCCACCGGGCCGCGCUCAACCCGCAACAACGCGCCAGCUGCAGCAAGCCCUGCUCCAGCUGCAUCUGCGCCGAAGGCCACGCCCGCUCCUCGUGCCAAGCCAGCUCCGCAGCCCUCGCCUGGCGCUAAGUCCGCCUUCCUCAAGCAUGCUAAUCCUAGUCAAGGGGUCACAGAAGACCUGCUCCGCACCGCUUUCUCCGCGUUCGGCACCGUGAGCCGUUGCGAGAUCGACAAGAAGAAGGGCUUGGGAUAUGUCGAUUUCGAGGACACCGAGGCUCUGAAGAGCGCAAUGGCAGCAAGCCCCGUGAAGAUUGGCGAGAAGGGCGGGCAGGUGGUAGUACUUGAGAACAGGAAUGUCGCGAAGGGCGCAAAAGCUACGACUCCAAAAGCCCAGGCGACCCCAGCAUCCGCCGCGGCUGCGAAAGCCGAUUCUACGCCGAUUCCGAGCCCAAAGCCUGCCGCGGCCACGCCAGCCGCAGCAGGAGCUAGCCCAGCGGCAGUUGACACGCCCACGUCUACACCUGCAGCAACGUCGGCUAACGAUACUGCGGCCAAUCAGGCAGCAACGACAUCGUCGGCGACUGCGGCUGCCAAUCCUCCUACAGCGCCCCGUGGAAAUGCCGCUCGAGGCGGUGCCAACGCCAGAAGUGGCCGUGGUGCAUUCCCGCAAUCUGGGCGCGGUGGUGCGCGUGGAAAUUUCAGAGGUCGAGGUUAUGGACGCGGCCGCGGCGGUGCAGCAGCAGCAGCAGGCGCAGCAGCCAAUGCUGGUGGAAAUAGCUCCCCAGCGCCGGCGGCUGGGGGUGGAGGAGAUGCAAAGUGA